UACAGCAAGCUAAAGAUCUCAUUUACGGAAUCACGAAGGAGAUUUCCGAAUCCGACGAGUGUAAAAAGUACCAUUUUAAUUCAAAAGUCUAAUCACUGUUGUAAUAACUGAAGUGUAAUAACUUAAUUAGAUGUAUGAGAAAACUAUUAAUAAAAUACUUUAGAACUAUAUUUGAAGCUAGUUAGUUAAUGAUUGAUAUCAUAUUAGCUAAAUAUGUUCACAACCACAAAUAGUUCGUAUAAAUAGGGCUUCCUACAAAUUAAUGUACAUCACUAACCCUUGAGACUUCGCAGUGCGUUGGUUAUACAAUUCAUUUUCUAUCAUGGAUGAAAUCGAAGACGCAAAAAGUAAUUUCUUUGAGUGUGAAGACAGUAUGGAUUGCCAUAUGGUUAACAAGUGUCUUGAAAUAGAAGACGUCGAAUUUAUAGCAGAUACUUCACAACGAUUCUGGGAAUUAUGUACCUUUGGAGGAAACGACUCCAAAAACGAAAAUAGCGUUAUUCGCCAAUCCGGAGGAGGGAUCAAAAGGAAAGCUGUGGAUAUUGCAGAUGCAGGACCAUCUAGUGCAGUUGAAAUUUCGGAAAAUUAUGAAGAAAAGAAAUUAUGCGAAGCUUGUAAUAUAUGGGUAAGACAACGAUAUUUUUCAAAUCAUUUGAAAAGUAAUAUUCACAAGAACAAAGUUAUAGAACACAACACCCAUGAAUUAAGUAAUGUUAGUUUAAUCAAUUCUGCGUUUGGAUGUCGAAUCCGCACUUACAGAAUAGGAUCAGAUAAUCAAGAGACUGAAUUCGAAACUCCUGAAAUAUUUUUUGAAUCCAUAAAAAAUAAAAUUCAGGCCUUAAUAAAGGAAUGUUUAGAUGAGCUUACGAUAAUUAAUAUUAAUUUUAUAGUGCAUGCGGAGUUUGUGCAGGAAACCAAAGAUCUAAAAAACGUUUUUGAUUUUCAAAGUUUUAAUUAUAACUUUUGUAUUGGAGACGAUUAUGACCCGCUCAUUAAAAAAGUAAAGGACACGUUAUGUACACACAUGAGUGAAUUUGAGAAAAAAGACAGUGGAUGGUCCUUAAAGAAGAUUUUGUUUGUAGACAUGAAUGUCAACAAAUUUAAUCCUUUGAGAGGAUCAUCUUAUUUGGAUUUACCAAAGGAUAUCAAAAGUAAAAAGGCAGUGAUAAAUGUACAAAAUAAUGAUCACCAAUGUCUUAAAUGGGCUUUGUUGUCUGGUAUCUUUCCUGUUGUAAAAAACGCUAACAGAACUACCUCAUACAUGCAGCAUCAAAAUAAGUUAAAGUUUGACGGCAUACGUUUUCCUGUAAAAUUAAGUGAUAUAAAAAAAGUUGAAAAGUUAAAUGACAUAAGCAUUAAUGUAUUUGGGCUUGAAUAUGAUAGCAUUUCGAAAAGAAACAACAUAGUUGGGCCCUUGCAUUUUACCAAAUCAAGGAAAGAAAGACACAUUAAUCUUUUGUAUUUAAGCAAUGGUAAUACGGGCCAUUACUGCUUUAUUAAGAAUUUAUCGCGAUUAGUUAAUAGGCAAAUAACUGGUCGUCAUGAUGCAAUUCAUAUUUGUGAUGGUUGUCUCUUAUAUUUUUUUACCGAACAAAAGUUGAAAAAUCACCAGAAAAAUGAUUGUGCUCAUGUUGUAACAGAGCUACCUGACAUUGAAAAGACGAACAAAAAAAAUUGGUUUGAGGAAAUGAAGCCUAGUAAUAAAAUUUUGUUUGAUGCAUUUAUACGAAAACACAAGUUACCAUUUGUAAUUUAUGCGGACUUCGAAUCGUUUCUGAAACCUAUAUCGAACUCUAACGCAAAUUUAGAUUCAUCAAAACCGUUUACAAAUAAUGUUCAACAGCACGAAGUUUACAGCUACGGCUAUUACAUAAAAUGUUCAUAUGACGAUAACCUUUCAAAAUAUUGCACUUAUACUGGACCUGAUUGUGCUAAGAAUUUCAUGCUAAGCGUAAGCAAAGAUGUUGCUCAAAUCCAACGUAAGAUUUGUUUUCAAAAAGCUCCAGUUCCCCUAACUUCAGCGGAUGAAGAAACUAUUAACAGAACAAAACAUUGUUUUAUUUGUAAUAAUGAGUUACUAUUAGACUGCGUUGAACAUUAUGAAUGGAGUACUGGUCACUUCGAAGGACUAGCACAUUCAUUUUGCAGUUCCAAGUAUAAGACACCCCGCUUUGUACCCAUAUUUUUACAUAAUUUAAGUAAUUAUGAUGCUCAUUUUAUUGUACAUGCAUUAAAUUUUGAUGAAGGUGAGAUUUCAAUUAUUCCUCAAAACAAAGAAAAAUACAUUUCCUUUUCAAAAAAAAUACGUAUAAAUGGACAAGAAAUUAGUUUACGGUUUUUAGAUUCUUUCAAGUUUAUGUCCGAAAGCUUGGACAAACUCGCUCAUAAUCUAGAAAUAAACCAAUUUAUAGAGUUACGAAAGCAAUUCCCGCUCCAAGAUGACAAAGACUAA